AUGCCUGCUUCCGCCAAGAUGCUGACGAGCCUCGUCAAGGGGCUCCUCGUCUUUGCUCCCUUGCUUCGUGCUACCCCCAUCAUCAGGGAGAGCUCCAUAAGAGGAGAAUCAAUGCCCGCGAGGUCCGGGACUCAUACGACUAUAUCGCUCUCUGAGGAUUCCAAUGCCACUGUCCUUAUCGUCGAAUAUGGCUACUUCGACAAUUCGACAAAGAUGCUGCAGCCCCAGAGCGCCACUCGCUACCUAAGGCAGGGACAUAACCGGACAAAUCUCCAGAUCCUGACGGGCUGGCGGGUGAACGACGUACAAUGCAACAGAGGGAGAACUCCUAACGGAGGGCCUGAUCAACUGACGACCGUGAGGGCGACGAGAGAGAUCCUCCUGACGGCGAAGUCGUUGCACAGCGGCAUCGGGCCAUCAUGGCUCCUGGAGAAGGCAAACAUCUUCGUCCUCGUCGACCUCCCGGGCGUGGGAAGUAACCUUCAAGACCACCCUGUCGGGCAUGUGUCUUUCCGGUAUGCAGACCAUACGGAUGUCUCGUCGAAUCCGUCAAGCUCUUCCACCAACGGCACGUUCUUGGCGUGGCAGCAACAAGAGCCCCAUGUCCCAAACGACAAGGAACACGGCCGGACUGAUCCCCCGAAGGUAGUCAGCCCGGACCGGUGGGAAACCAUGGUGGAGACGUACCGCGGUCAGGACGCCAAGGACCGGGGCACGAUCCUGCUGGACCCGGCGGACAUCUACGCGGACCCGGUGCUGGACUACAACACUUUCAUCAACCCGGUCGACGCGCUCAUCCAGGUCGAGAACGUGCGCUUCAUCCGUCGCUUCCAGAAGACGCCCAGCGUCAUGGCCCUCGGCCCCGUCGAGCGGGCCCCCGGCACAGACGUGACCAGCGAACGACGCCCUCGACGCCGUCGUGCGAUCCGUCGAAACAUCAGGCGGUAUUCCAAAUCUAGGAAUGGGAGCAUUGGUUAG